CCGGUGUGUGUGUGUGUGAGCGCGCGUGCACGCGUGUGUUCACGGAGAAAGAAAGAGAGAGAGAGACGGUGGCGAAGCCCGGCGCCAGCGGCUGGUUGGCGGGUCGGAGCGAGGCAGCAUGCGGGUGGCGGCGCCCCGGGCGUGUGUGGGUACCACCUGAAUGGGUCUGAUCAGUGUGAAAAGGACCUACAACUUCAGCUUGCAAAGGAGCUGUGAGGAGGUUUGCUGCAGUCAGGAAUAAGUCUGCAUCAUUGACGCUGAAUGUAUUGACUGCUUGCCUUGGAGUAAAGGUGACUUUCUCCACUUUGGAAUAUGGUGCCUAACUUCAGCAUCCCUGGUUUUUUUGUGCCAGCAGUAGUUCUGUGCUGCUUGAUGUCAUCAACGGAGGCGGAUAGCAAGCCAAACUUCAUGAAAACUCCUGAGGAUCAGAUUGGAAUAUCUGGAGGUGUGGCCUCCUUUGUUUGCCAAGCAAUAGGAGAGCCAAAGCCACGUAUCACAUGGAUGAAGAAAGGAAAGAAAGUUAGCUCCCAACGAUUUGAGGUUAUUGAAUUUGAUGAUGGGUCUGGAUCAGUUCUACGUAUUCAACCACUGCGUGUCCUUCGGGAUGAAGCAAUAUAUGAGUGCAUGGCUACCAACAGUGUUGGGGAGAUAAAUACCAGUGCCAAACUGACAGUGUUAGAAGAGAACCAGAUCCCAUCUGGCUUUCCAACCAUAGACAUGGGUCCACAGCUCAAGGUAGUAGAGAAGGCCCGCACUGCUACAAUGCUCUGUGCUGCAAGCGGUAACCCUGACCCUGAAAUAUCCUGGUUCAAAGACUUUCUUCCUGUGGACACAGCCACUAGCAAUGGCAGAAUCAAACAGCUCCGUUCAGGUGGUACACCAAUCAGAGGAGCUCUACAGAUUGAGAACAGUGAAGAGUCAGACCAAGGCAAAUAUGAAUGUGUCGCCACGAACAGUGCUGGGACCCGUUACUCUGCUCCAGCGAACCUUUAUGUGCGAGUGCGGCGAGUGUCACCUCGAUUUUCAAUCCCUCCAAGUAACCAUGAGGUGAUGCCUGGAGGGAGCGUGAAUCUCACAUGUGUAGCAGUGGGGUCCCCAAUGCCCUAUGUGAAAUGGAUUGUCGGAGACGUGGAGCUGACGAAAGAAGAUGACAUGCCAAUGGGCAGGAAUGUUUUAGAGUUGACCAACAUCACGCAGUCGGCCAACUACACCUGCGAAGCCAUGUCCUCACUGGGGGUAAUCCAUGCAACAGCUCAGAUCACUGUCAAAGCUCUUCCAAAACCUCCAAUGGAGCCAUUAGUAACGGAGACGACAGCUACCAGUGUGACUCUCACCUGGGACUCAGGAAAUGCUGACCCUAUCUCCUACUAUGUCAUCCAGUAUAAGUCCAAGUCAUUAGAGGGCACUUUCCGAGAAGUAGAUGGUGUGGCAACCACCCGCUAUAGCAUUGGUGGCCUAAGCCCCUUCUCAGAAUAUGAGUUCCGCAUUAUUGCUGUGAACAACAUUGGCAGGAGUCCCCCUAGUGAGUUGGUGGAUGCACGGACAGGAGAGCAAGCUCCAUCAAGCCCACCCCUCAAAGUGAAGGCACGGAUGCUGAGUUCCAGCACCAUGCUGGUCCAAUGGGAACAACCUGAAGAGCCCAAUGGGAUGAUCCGUGGCUAUCGAGUUUACUACACCAUUGACCCCCACCUACCACUCAGCAAGUGGCAGAAACACAACACUGAUGAUAAUCAUCUCACCACUGUAGGAAGUUUGAUAACGGGGGCCACCUAUAGUAUUCGUGUCUUGGCUUUCACCUCAGUAGGAGAUGGACCCCCUUCUGAUGUCAUCCAGAUAAAGGCCCAACAGGGUGUUCCAUCUCAGCCAGCUGAUUUCCAAGCUGAGGCAGAGUCUGACACACGGAUCAUGCUGACCUGGCAGCCAGCACCUCAAGAACGUGUCACCAAGUAUGAGUUGGUGUAUUGGGAAGAGACUGAUGGGAUCCAGCAUAAGGUGGACUUUGACCAGACCUCAUCAUAUGCACUUGAAGGACUCAAGCCGGACACACUCUACAAGUUCCAGCUGGCAGCCCGCUCUGAGCUGGGCCUAGGGGUCUAUACCCCAGUUUUGGAAGCUCGAACAGCACAGUCCACCCCUUCUGCCCCACCCCAAGAGGUCGUGUGUGUAAGCACCAGCUCCACCUCUAUCCGGGUAAGUUGGGUACCACCACCGGCUCAGAGCCGCAAUGGAGUCAUCACACAGUAUUCUAUCGCAUACCAAGCGGUGGAAGGAGAGGACAACAGCAAGCGUGUGGUUGAGGGCAUUGGACACGAGCAUUCAAGCUGGGAGAUCAACAGCCUGGAGAAAUGGACAGAGUACAAAGUGUGGGUGAGGGCUCACACAGACGUGGGUCCUGGGCCAGAGAGCAUCCCGGUCUGGGUUCGCACUGAUGAAGACGUGCCCAGUGCUCCACCUCGGAAAGUGGAGGUAGAAUCAGUGAACUCCACAACCAUUCGUGUUACCUGGAAGUCACCUAUCUCUAACAAGCAGCAUGGCCAGAUCCGAGGCUACCAAGUCAUCUGUGUGAAGCUGGAGAAUAAUGAGCCAGUUGGGUUGCCUAUCAUGAAAGACGUCAUGGUAGCAGAGUCCCAGUUAAGGUUUAAGGACGCUAUUGACCACGAAACCCUCAUAGGAGGCCUUUUACCCGAAACAACCUAUUCUAUCAGCAUUGCAGCCUACACCACCAAAGGGGAUGGGGCCCGCAGCAGGGACAAGGUGGUUACUACAAGUGGAGCAGUCCCAGGCAAGCCUACCAUGAUGAUCAGCACCACGGCCAUGAAUACAGCUCUGAUCAAUUGGCACCCACCUAAAGAGAUGGUUGGGGAGCUGCUGGGCUACCAGCUGCAGUUCAAACAUGCUGAGGAGGAGAAGAUGAGGGUUAUGAACUUUGAGAAGAACGUGGAUCACUUCACCGUGACUGACCUUUACAAGGGUGCCACCUACAUCUUCAAGCUGGCUGCCAAGAAUAGGGUUGGUCUUGGGGAGGAGUUUGAAAAAGAAAUCACUACCGCAGAGGAGGCGCCAAGCGGUUUCCCCCAGAACCUACAUGUGGUGGGGCUGACCACCUCCACCACUAAAGUGACUUGGGAGCCACCAAUUCUGGCAGAGAGGAAUGGGAAAAUGACCAACUACACGGUUGUGUACAGAGAUAUUAACAGCCAGCAGAACCUGACCAAUGUUACGAGGGAAACGAGCAUCACUCUGACCAACCUCAAACCUGACACAACCUAUGACAUCAAAGUUAGAGCCCACACUAACAAGGGAGCUGGCCCUCUCAGCCCCAGCAUUCAGUCUAGGACGAUGCCAAUGGAACAAGUGUUCGCAAAGAACUUUCGUGUCAGUGCUGUGAUGAAAACAUCAGUGCUACUUAGCUGGGAGGUUCCAGACUCUUACAAAUCUGCAGUUCCUUUCAAGAUUCUGUACAAUGGCCAGACUGUGGAGGUGGAUGGCCACUCCAUGAGGAAGCUGAUUAAUAACCUGCAGCCAGACACAAAUUAUUCCUUUGCACUCACAAACCGGGGAAGUAGCGCAGGAGCCUUGCAGCACCGAGUCUUCAUCCGGACAGCACCUGAUGUCAUCCAGAGCAAGCCCAUUUCCACAUACAAAUAUAUCCAUAAUGGGCAGUUCACUCUGACUCUCCCCAAAGUGCAGACCUCUGUGCCAGUCAGGUGGUACUACAUCGUGGUUGUGCCGAUAGACCACACAAGCAACCUAGUUGGCUCCAGAUUGAAGAGCCCAGAUGAUAUGGGACUAGACCAGCUUCCUUUUGCCACCCAGCUACUUGAGGCCAUGAACCAAGGGGAUCCAAGCAGGCGCCAACGACGUCAGGCAGAGCGGCUCAAGCCUUAUAUUGCUGCCCAAAUGGAUGACCUGCCAGAAACCUUUGUCUUGGGGGACCAGAAGAGCUAUCAAGGCUUCUACAAUAAGCCCCUUUCAGAAGACUUGAGCUACCGUUGUUUUGUGCUGGCUUCACUGGAGGAUGGGGAUACGAAGAAGUAUGCAGCCAGUCCCUACUCAGAUGAGAUUGUGAUGGAAGUUUCAGCAAAACAGCAGGAUGAACCAGAGAUGCUGUGGGUGAUGGGGCCUGUCCUGGCUGUAAUCUUAAUCAUCAUCAUUGUCAUUGCUAUCCUGCUCUUCAAAAGCAAACAAGAAAGGAAAAGGGCCAAUUCACCCUCCGCCAAGGAUGAACAUUCCAUUGGCCUGAAGGACUCCUUGCUGGCCCAUUCCUCUGACCCUGUUGAAAUGAGGCGACUCAACUACCAAACACCAGGUGCCAGUGGCCCCAGUUGCCCGAAUAUCUCAAGCAUGCGUGAUCAUCCUCCCAUUCCAGUGACGGACCUCGCAGACAACAUCGACCGACUGAAGGCCAAUGAUGGGCUGAAGUUUUCCCAGGAAUAUGAGUCGAUUGAUCCUGGGCAGCAGUUCACCUGGGAGAACUCCAACCAGGAAGUGAACAAACCAAAGAACCGCUAUGCAAACGUGAUUGCCUAUGACCAUUCACGUGUCAUUCUGACCUCCAUUGAUGGUGUUCCUGGAAGUGACUACAUCAAUGCUAAUUACAUUGAUGGCUACCGGAAGCAGAAUGCCUACAUUGCUACACAAGGGCCUUUGCCAGAGACACUCAGUGACUUCUGGAGGAUGGUAUGGGAACAGCGCACAGCAACUAUCGUCAUGAUGACCCGGUUGGAGGAGAAGUCUCGGGUGAAGUGUGACCAGUACUGGCCAGGCCGUGGUACAGAGACCUAUGGAUUGAUCCAGGUGACAUUGCUGGACACAGUUGAACUUGCCACAUACACAGUUCGGACAUUCGCACUCUACAAGAAUGGGUCCAGUGAAAAGCGGGAGCUGCGGCAGUUCCAGUUUAUGGCUUGGCCUGACCAUGGGGUGCCGGAGUACCCUACCCCAAUCUUAGCCUUCCUGAGAAGAGUGAAAGCCUGCAACCCCCCUGAUGCUGGGCCAGUGGUUGUACAUUGCAGUGCCGGUGUGGGCAGGACAGGCUGCUUCAUUGUAAUCGACGCCAUGCUUGAGAGGAUGAAGCAUGAGAAGACAGUGGACAUCUAUGGGCAUGUGACUUGCAUGCGCUCACAAAGAAACUAUAUGGUGCAAACUGAGGAUCAGUAUAUCUUCAUCCACGAGGCCUUGCUUGAAGCAGCCACCUGUGGAAACACUGAGGUGCCUGCACGCAACCUCUUUGCUCACAUCCAGAAGCUGAGUCAGGUACCUCCGGGUGAGAGUGUCACAGCAAUGGAACUGGAGUUUAAGCUCCUCGCCAACUCUAAAGCACAUACCUCACGAUUCAUCAGUGCCAACCUCCCCUGCAACAAAUUCAAAAACCGCCUGGUGAAUAUUAUGCCCUAUGAGCUGACACGGGUUUGCCUGCAGCCAAUCCGAGGCGUCGAGGGCUCAGAUUACAUCAAUGCUAGCUUUGUAGAUGGCUAUAGGCAGCAAAAGGCCUACAUCGCCACACAGGGACCCCUUGCUGAAACUACAGAGGAUUUCUGGCGGAUGCUGUGGGAGCACAACUCUACCAUUGUGGUGAUGCUGACCAAAUUGAGAGAGAUGGGGCGGGAGAAAUGCCACCAGUACUGGCCAGCAGAGCGUUCUGCUCGGUACCAGUACUUUGUGGUGGAUCCCAUGGCUGAAUACAACAUGCCGCAGUACAUUCUGCGUGAGUUCAAGGUCACUGAUGCCAGAGAUGGACAGUCAAGAACCAUCCGGCAGUUCCAGUUCACUGACUGGCCUGAGCAGGGAGUACCAAAAACUGGAGAGGGCUUCAUUGACUUCAUUGGGCAAGUUCAUAAAACCAAGGAGCAGUUUGGCCAGGAUGGGCCCAUCACUGUACACUGCAGUGCGGGGGUUGGACGCACAGGGGUGUUCAUCACAUUAAGCAUUGUACUGGAGCGCAUGCGCUAUGAGGGUGUAGUUGACAUGUUCCAGACUGUGAAGACCUUGAGGACACAACGACCAGCCAUGGUGCAAACAGAGGACCAGUAUCAGCUGUGCUACAGGGCUGCACUGGAGUACCUUGGCAGCUUCGAUCACUAUGCAACGUAACUAGCACUUUCAGCCAGUUGCAGCGGGAAUGUCCAAGAGCAGAGACGGGUUCUUCCCAGCCAGCCGCCCAUUUGUUAGUCCUUCUGUGCAGAUGCUGCUGCUGUUGUUGCAGCAUCAAGCCUCCCCAUGACCAACCAGUUCUGACCACAGUAUUUGGGUUCAUUGCCACAGCGCCAAAGGUGGGACCAGCUUCUAGCAUUUCCAAUUUCCAGAUGAAUUUCUGUUAACGCCUCCACUCCUCCUCCUCCCCUUGACAGCAUUUAUGGUGAGAGUCACUGGGUGGAUGGAAUGGGAUCUUUUAUAUAUGUAAAAUAGUUAAACUUAGUCUUUUAUAUCUUUUCUUUUUUAAAUUCUUUUGCAAGUCUUAAUGUUUUGCUCAAGCAAAACAGGAGAAUGGAGGUGGUGGGGUUUGAAUUUCCUUUUGCUUCCCCUGCCCUUACUCUUCUGUUGUCUCAAUCAAGGUGGUGCUGCCCAUUUUCGGGCAGCCCCAGGUUAAUAUUAGUGGCUGGCUCACAGCUCUGGGACCCUUCCACUCCCUCUUCAGUCCUUUGUAGAAUAUUCAAUUUCACAGAGCUGGAGCCAACUUAAUGCUUAUUUCUAAAGCCUUUUAUUCAUAAGCCUGUCUGUCAGGUGGGACUCCAGCAGCUAUUAGAUGCUUGGUCCUAUUGACAUGUGUCCAGUGACCUCAUAUUUGUCAGCAGAUCCCUUAUGAACUUUCCAUUUGAGGGAGAGACCCACUGCUUGGGAUUCUCUUGUUAAGAUGGGUGGAAAUGUGGCAUCCUUGCCACACAAAAACCAAGUUCCCAAAAGGGACCUGACCGACACAUUUAUUUAGUCCUUUCUGUUCCAGUAGCAUCCUGAGGUGCUGUUGCCUAGGCAACUGGCCAACCAAGUGCAUUGGAGCACCUUCCAAGGUGAAAGAGCACAACUCUGGGAAGUCAAGCCUUCCUGCACAAACAACCCCGGCAUGGGGAUGCCUUGGCUAUUAGGGAGGGAGGGGUGGGAUUCUUCAGGUAAGGAAUUCAGUUCUCAGAGGCUGAGUGUAACUAUAAUUUCUGCUAUCCUGUACCACAUUUAAAAGUCGUUAGAAUGCUGUAUUUUUCACUAUGACAGGAUGGUCUAAUUAACCAAUGUGGCAAGACUACUGGACUUAAUUUAACGGUACUAUAUAUUAAUACUCCUUAUUCUCUCUCACUUGCACUAAAGGCAGGGAGAUUACAGCCUUCUCCCAGGUGCAUAGUUCUAUAAAUAAAGGUGGUGGAAAGGUCUCUAACUAUAUUAUCCAAUGUAUCCAAAUUACAUUGAAAUCAACAAUCCUGGGUUGGUGAUGUUGGAGAGAACAUUCAUUUUUACCUUGUGAAAGCAUAGUGCUGUAGGGGUCACUGUUGUAUACAGUCUGUUUUCUAUUUGUUAAUAAAAAUCUACAGCAUCAUUGCAUAAUUCUUGAUGUUAAUAAAUUUGAAUAAUCGGGUUUCCUACA